CCGUUCAAUCUUAUUGACUAUCGUAUAAGUGCCGUCUCCUUCAUCGUCUCCUUUAGAAAAAUUAAGAGACAUUCAGAGAUACAUCACGUUUAUUCAUACAUACAUAUAUAUAUACAUAUAUAUAUAUUCAUAUAUGUAUAUAUAAAUAGUGAACUAAUUUAAAUAGCAGUAAACCCAUAAAAAAAAAAAAAUGGCAUUAAAUAUUUUCAAGUCCCGAAUUUUAAAUCUUUGUCAUUUCAAAGAUCUUCCAGUAAUUCUUAAUUUAAGAUUGUCCUUAAGCACAUCACGAACGUGCAACAGUAGACAGCUUCCAUAUUGAGAUAAACACAUACUUUUUAUUGUUAUUAUUAAUAUAUAUCAACUAACUCAAAGAUGAAUUGUGAGAAAACAGGAUACAGAAUUGAAAAAGAUACAUUUGGAGAAUUAAAAGUUCCUAAUGAUAAGUAUUAUGGAGCACAGACUGUACGAUCGAUGAUGAAUUUUGCUAUUGGAGAUUCAUUUGAACGCAUGCCUUAUGGUAUUAUUGUUGCAAUGGGAAUAUUAAAGAAAGCUACAGCUGAAGCAAAUAAAGAAUUUGGGUUGGACCCAAAAAUCGCUGAUGCGAUUAGUAAGGCUGCUGAUGAUGUUAUAAGUGGUAAACUUUAUAAUGAACAUUUUCCAUUAGUGAUUUGGCAAACAGGUUCUGGAACUCAAACAAAUAUGAAUGUUAAUGAGGUGAUUUCCAAUCGCGCAAUUGAAUUACUUGGUGGAAAACUUGGAUCAAAAAUACCAGUUCAUCCCAAUGAUCAUGUAAACAAGUCACAAAGUUCUAAUGACACAUUUCCAAGUGCAAUGAACAUAGCUGUAGCAUUAGAAAUUAACAAAGUACUUCUGCCAGGUUUAGAAUGUUUAUUAGAGGCAUUAAAAGCAAAAGUAGAAGAAUGGAAGGAUAUAAUUAAAAUUGGAAGAACUCAUACACAAGAUGCAGUACCUCUUACAUUGGGACAAGAGUUUUCAGGCUAUGCGACACAAAUUCAAAAUGGAAUUUGUAGAGUAAAAGAUACUCUUCCAAGGUUAUAUGAAUUAGCAUUAGGUGGUACAGCAGUUGGGACAGGAUUAAAUACGCCAAAAGGAUUUAGUGAAAAGGCAAUUGCAGGAAUUGCUAAGUUAACUAAUUUACCAUUUGUCCCAACACCAAAUAAAUUUGAAGGUCUUGCUACGCAUGAUGCUAUGGUUGAAGUACAUGGUGCAUUAAAUACCGUUGCCGUAUCUAUGAUGAAGAUAGCAAAUGAUAUUCGAUUUUUGGGAAGUGGUCCUCGUUGCGGUUUAGGAGAAUUAUCCUUACCGGAAAAUGAACCAGGCAGUUCAAUUAUGCCAGGAAAAGUUAAUCCUACUCAAUGCGAAGCAGUUACAAUGGUUUGUUGUCAAGUGAUGGGAAAUCUUGUUGCCACAUCUGUUGCUGGAAGUAAUGGUCAUUUCGAACUUAAUGCAUUUAAACCAGUAAUAGUAGCCAAUACAUUACGAUCUACAAGAUUGUUAGGAGAUGUUGCUGUAUCGUUUACAAAGAAUUGCGUUGUUGGAAUAAAAGCAAAUAAGGAUCAUAUAAGCAAAUUAUUGAACGAAAGCUUAAUGUUAGUUACUGCUCUUAAUCCACACAUUGGAUAUGAUAAGGCUGCUAUUAUCGCUAAACAGGCUCAUAAAGAAGGAAGUACUUUAAAAGAAUCUGCAUUGAAAAAUGGAAUAACUGCUGAACAAUUUGAUCAAUGGGUCAGACCUGAAAAUAUGCUUGGACCUAAAUAAAUUUAUAGAAAAUAACAUAAAAUGUGUUAUUUUUGAAAUAGCUUAUUUUGAAAAGUACAUACAUUUUUUGUUUUUGUUUUUUUUUUUUUUUUUUUUUUUUUUUAUAGAGAAUUCUUCCCUUUAUACAAAAGAGCACUGAAAAAAAUGUUCUAUAACAUUAUUAAAAUCUUUAUUAUAAUACCAUCUUUUAUCAACAAUCACAGUUUUAUAUUUGUAAUUGUUACCAUGUAUAAUUAAAUGUAAUUGAUAAAAUUAAAUAAAUAUUUAUUUAUCGUUGGUUUAA